GAAGCAAGUUUGGUGAGGUUGGUGAUGAAUGCCUUGCAAGGUGUAAAAUCAUCCCUUAUUAGUAUUCAAAAGCUCUCUGCUGUCUUCUGUUCUAAUCCAGCUGAUAGGACCUUUCAUUGCAUUCCAAGUGUGUGGAAACGAGCUUCAAGCACUCACUCUCUUGGAAAUGUACUUAAAUCUAUGGGUUGCGCAGGGUUGCUAGUUUUUCUUCUUUGUGAAUUUGUAGACUAUUUUACAAAUAUGAAUUUGGAGUACAGUUUGAUAAGAAAAAGCGAAAAUCAUCAAAAAGAUCAAAUGGCAGAGGAAAAGUGCGCUCCUAAAACACUGGUCAAUCAAGCCUUUGCUGUUGCUGUGGGAAAAGUUUUGGAGGGAUACAUCUGCGCAUUGGACACAGUUUAUGCAUCUGCAGUUUUAAGGCGUCCAUCAAGUAGUGACGUUGAAUUGUCUUUGCAUGCAUCCUCUGAAUCAGGAUGUUUGAAGAGUGUGGUGCAUUCUGAAAUUACAUUGCUUGAGUUCUACCUGCACACAAAGGAAUUGAGGACUCAGAUUGAAGCCCUAGGAAACAUUUGUAAUCUACAUAAGUUGGCACUUAGCUUGUCUGAUACUUCUUUUGAUGAUCUGAUUGCUGAUGCUACUUAUGAAUUUCGUAACUUCUACAGAGGGGGAGAUUUACUAACAUUCUUGUAUGCACAAUUAAAUGUUGCUGAUCCUGCUCACUGUAAUCUGCUCAAGUUUCUCUUUCUUCAAUCCUUUGAACCAUACUGUGGGUUUAUUAGAUCAUGGAUAUUCAAAGCAGAAAUCAAUGACCCAUAUAAGGAGUUUAUUGUUGGAGAUGUUGGGCAUUUACCUCCUAAUCCACAUAUUAAAGCUGGCAUUUCUGUUGAUUUUCAAGCGGCAAGUUGUAGGGAACGAGUUGGAGUUGCUGUUCCAUGCUUUCUUAGAGACAGCUUGGUUCCACUUGUUAGAGCUGGUCAGCAGCUUCAGGUACUGCUGAAAUUGCUUGAGUUGUGCAUUCAUGUUGCUACAAGAGACCACAGUUCUCAGGAUUUUCUUCCCUGCUGGAGUGGUUUUUCAAACAAUGGUUCAUCAUAUUUGUCUCCAUUAACCUUCAGCAGAGAUGACAUUGAAGCAAUGGUGCUUGCAAGAGACAAUUAUUAUAAAAGGAUGAAUGAAAAGCUCAAAAGCCUCUUCAGCAACUUAGAAAUUAGAUAUCAACAGGUUGCUACACAUGCCCCGCUACCUUUUGUUGGUGAUGUUGGAGGGAAU